UGACCGCCCGAGAGUCGCUGGUUGCCUUGGCAACCUGUAUACUUCAGUUGAAGAGCAGGUUUUCUUUCGCUUUGAACCAUUUUUUUCCACAGUUUAUUCUUUACUUAAUGUCGAUUUGUUGACUUAAAUCGUUUGUCAGAUACAACCACAAUGCAUGUGACUACCAACAACGCUGCGGCAUCUGUGAGAAAGGGGUCAAAUGCCCAGAAGGUAACGUUACCUGGUGCGAAGUCAAACAAAACAGCGAGUAAAAAAAAGGAUGAGGAUGAGGCAGUGGAUAUCGGUGAUGGGAAACUUACUGUGCCUCCAGAUCAACUGAAGCUCACUGAAGCUGAGCUGAAAGAGGAAAUCACAAGGACUCUGACUGCAAACAACCCACAUGCCCCUCAAAAUAUUGUCCGCUAUAGCUUCAAGGAACGUUCCUACAAGCCCAUCCUUGUUGUGGAUCAGAUGGCUGUUCUCUUUGAGAUGGAGGGAAACCUUGUGCACAUAGACUCUGAUGAGGGUCGUAGACUGAGGGCUAAGGAGUGUCUCUCUGAGGAGACUGCAACAGUCGACACUGAAGCUGAACCUGACAAGGAGGAAUCAGAAACCCGGGCAACAUCUGUAGAGGAUGGAGGGGAAGCGGAGGAAGCUGGUGACGAGGACAGGCCAGACAGUGUUGCUUCCAAAAUUGACAAGAAGGAGCCAAAAAUUACCAACCAGUUCAACUUCAGUGAGAGAGCUUCCCAGACCCUUAAUAACCCAUUGAGGGAGAGAAGCUGCCAGACUGAACCUCCUCCACGUAGCACUUUCUCUGCCACUGCUAAUCAGUGGGAGAUCUAUGAUGCAUACGAGAAGGAGCUGCAGAAACAAGAAAAAAAUAAAGAGAAGCAGAAAGCCGUACCAUCAAAGAAAGAUGAUGAUGAAAGCAAGAAGAAGAUCAUGCCAUUGGAGACUCAGCACAACGACCUCACAAAAGUGGCCCGCGUGGCCAAGAUCCUUGAACGAAUGGUCAAUCAGAAUAUAUUUGAUGACAUAGCACAAGAUUUCAAAAACUUUGAGGAUCCAUCUGAUGAGUUCAGGGGCCAAGAAGGCACCCUUCUCCCUUUGUGGAAGUUUCAGUAUGACAAAGCCAAAAGGCUGUCUGUCACCGCCCUCUCCUGGAAUAAGAAAUAUCAGGACCUUUUUGCUGCUGGAAUGGGAUCGUAUGACUUCAGCAACCAGGGGCGUGGCAUGCUUAUCUUCCACACACUGAAGAACCCCUCCUUCCCAGAGUACAUCUACCCCACCAAUUCUGGCGUCCUGUGCCUCGACAUUCAUGAGCAGCAUUCCUAUCUGGUGGCAGUUGGCUUCUAUGAUGGCAGUGUGGCUGUGUACAACUUGAAGAAAAAGGGACAGGAGCCUGUGUAUAUGAGUACCGCUAAGACUGGCAAGCACACUGACCCCGUCUGGCAGGUGCGCUGGCAGAGUGACGACUUGGACAAUAACCACAAUUUCUAUUCUGUGUCAUCUGAUGGCCGAGUUGUGUCCUGGACACUUAGCAAGAAUGAGCUGGUCUUUAGAGACAUUAUCAGACUGUCACUGGAUAGUGCUGUCUCUGAGGGACCAGAAGGUGCACAGCAGCCCAGCAUUGCCUGUGGAACAUCGCUUGACUUCCAUAAACACAUCGGCUAUCUCUUCCUAGUUGGCACAGAGGAGGGGAAAAUACACAAGUGUUCCAAGUGGUACUCAAGCCAGUUCCUGGAGACCUACCCUGCCCACAGCAUGGCAGUGGAUGCUGUGAAGUGGAACCACUUCCAUCCAAAGGUUUUCAUCUCAUGCAGUUCAGACUGGACCGUCAAGCUCUGGGACCAUACCAUUAAAACUCCGAUGUUCACCUUUGAUCUGAAAGCAGCUGUGAGUGACGUUGCCUGGGCUCCAUACUCCUCCACUGUGUUUGCUGCCGUCACAAUAGAUGGAACAGUUCAUGUUUUUGACCUCAGCAUCAACAGACAUGAGGCCAUCUGCCAGCAACAGGUGGUGGACAAAAAGAAGACCAAGCUGACUACUAUUGAGUUCAAUCCCAUCCAUCCUAUCAUCAUCGUGGGAAAUGAUCGAGGUUAUGUUGGCAGUUUCAAACUCUCUCCUAACCUCCGCAAGAAACCAAAGACCAAGAAGGGUCAGGAGGCCCCUAAGGGUCCAGAAGUGGAAGUAGCCAAGAUGGACAAGCUGCUCAGUCUGUCGGGGGAACUGGACCAAAACACAGUUUAACACGGCCAAUGUGGCUUCUCUCCCGAACACAACAACAUGGCAACAAGGUUAUACAUUUUUUUAUUGUCGUUCAUAGGAAAAAAUAAGUUCUUUGUUCUUUUGUUCUCCUCACUGUGUGCAGCAGUAAACAACAUUGACAUGACAAGAAAACAA